UUCUACUGGGUACAUACUCCGUACAGUAGAAAUAAUUGCUUACAUGUAAUUAAUUCUGUACCACUGAGUAUCGUAGUUGGUAGAUCAACCGAGGUAAAAAUGGGUUCCAUGACAAUCCACAUGUACUCGUCAACAGUGGUAUCAGACUACAACAUUUCCCAUGUUUUGAAAAAAAAAACCAUACGGAGUAAAUCACAUUGAAUCUAGUUUUUACUUUGUAAAUCUCCAUCACCAAGUAUCAAACUUGAUUCGCCCUUCACCUAGCGAAUUCAAUCUCAACUUCUACUGGUACCGGGUUCAUCGAGAAAGUCGUCGACGGCCUUCGCAAAACAAAGGGCUUGCUUACAACCCCCCCCGGAUUCUCUCGGGCCAUCAAGAAAUUUUUCAGGGGCCAUGGCUUCAACUUACACCUCUGUGGUCCUUGCCAAACGACCCAAGGACAACAUCGUAGCCGGUGAGACGUUCAAAGUCGUCUCGGACAACCCUGUCCCGUCGGCCGACGGCCUCAAAGAUGGCCAGGUCCUGUUCGAGACCAACUACCUCAGUAUCGACCCCGCCAUGAGAGGUUGGCUCAACGACACCAGGUCUUACAUCCCGCCGGUUCGGAUCGGUGAAGUCAUGCGUGGGUACGCCGUCGGUACGGUCAAGGAGAGCAGAAACUCGUCCUUUCCCGUGGGUAGUUACGCGGCGGGUACCGUCGGUUGGAGGGAAUUGAAAGUCUGCGAGGCCAAGGAACUACAAAAGACGACGUUACCGAAAGGCGCCCAUUUGACGGAUACCCUCAGCGUACUUGGUCUCACCGGUUUGACGGCUUACUUUGGUAUCUUGGACGUCGGAAAGGUCAAGGCAGGUGACUUUGUCGUCGUAUCCGGUGCCGCAGGUGCCACGGGUAGCGUGGUGGGACAAAUCGCCAAGUUGAAAGGUGCCACGGUAUUGGGUAUCGCCGGUAGCGAAGACAAGUGUCGAUGGUUGAUCGAAGAGCUUGGAUUUGACGGGGCUCUGAAUUACAAGGACAAGGAAUUUCCCAAAAAGUUCAGAGACGCAACCAAGAACCUGAUCGACGUUUACUUUGACAAUGGUGAGAUUUUUGACCUUGUUUCAGUUCACGUGUACUGUAUUCUCGCUAAUACAGUCCUCGAUAGUCGGUGGUGAGAUUCUCGAUAUGGCUUUGGGAAGAGCCAAACCUCAUGCUAGAUUUGUCAUGUGUGGUGGAAUAUCACAAUACAACACUUCGAAACCCCAAGGGCCAAAGGUUUGUACAUGUCAUAGUCUGGUAAUCUGAAAAAGGACUCGAGUGGCUGACAGACUCCUUUCAGAAUUACUUGAUGAUCAUCUCAAUGAGGAUCCGAAUGGAAGGUUUCAUCGUCUUCGAUUAUGAAAAGGAAUAUCCACGAGCUCUUCAAGAUCUAAGUCAAUGGUUAUCGGAGGGUAAGAUUAAAAGAAAAGAGACCGUGGUCAAGGGUGGUCUAGUCAAGGCUGAGGAGGCGUUGAGGGAUUUGUACAAUGGAAUCAAUACAGGUGAGAAAAUAGGGACCAUCCAUUGCUGUCGACCCUAAAAAGAGUUCGUGUUUUUGCUAAUGUGUUACACGUAUGAAAUAGGCAAACUAAUGGUCGAGGUCAAGCCCGUGACCACAAAGAUCAAUGCUUCGCUAUGAAGGCACAAAGAAUUCCCUCGGGAUUGAGUAAGGUCAAGUAGGUUGAAGUGGCUCAAAUCAAAUCUGGUCGGUCGGUUUUGGACGGUUGCCUUGAGUGGGUGGCUUUCUUGAACCAUUGAAUGGUUAUGAGAAUGACUUACCAGUGUCUUGUCCUGGAAAGUUAGUUGCUGGAAUGUGUAUUGGUAUCGACUACAAAAAUUCAUUCGGUGGCGUUGUUGUUUUUACUUCCGAGAAUCGCAAGAAUGUUCGAUAUCACACGGCCCUCGAUCUUUGGAUACUUGACUACAACUAUGCAGCUCUGAGGUGAGGAUUGACACCAGAUGGAUCUUUACCCAAAGACGCAUACUCGUCGUACCUUUUGUCUCUCGCUACUUUUGGAUGGUCCAUUGUC